CACUUCUCUCCAUGCAUGUGGGAAUGGGACGGAUCCAGGGAGCCACGGGAUGACCUCUCCCCCUAGGUCCCGGGCAGGGGCAUUGGCUUCUGCCAUCCCUACACCCCAUCCUUGCAGAUUCCCAUCCCUGUUCCCUGAGUCUCCCUGCUGGCUGCUGGCCACGGGACAGCCAGCCCGAGCCAGGAAGAUCCUGUGGCACUUUGCAGAAGCUGGGGGCGUGGACCCCGAGCACAGCUCAGAGGAGGAGAGCUCCCUGGCUAUGGAACUGGACAUGCUGGGCGCAGGGAGCCCCCAGCCCCAGUACCACUCCAUCCUGGAGCUGCGGCAGACCUGUGUCACCUGGAGAAAUGGACUCAUCCUGGGCUUCAGUUCGUGAGGAGGGGAGGGCAUGGGUGGGCUAAGUGUCU